ACGAGACCGGAAAUCCAAGCUUUGCUGUAGCUGGAGGGUUUUUUCAUUAGCUGAGAGAAUCUUAGUUGUUACAAAUCGAACGAUAUAGACCGAUUAAAAUGGCCGGAACGGCUUCAGUUGCUGGUGAAGUGUUCGUCGAUGCGUUGCCAUACUUUGACCAAGGUUACGAUGCAGCAGGUGUCAGAGAAGCAGCUGCAGCAUUGGUGGAAGAGGAGACAAGAAGAUACCGACCCACCAAGAACUACCUGAGCUACAUGCCCACACCUGACUUCUCUGCUUUUGAGACAGAAAUUAUGAGGAAUGAAUUUGAACGGCUGGCAGCUCGGCAGCCCAUGGAUCUCCUGAGCAUGAAGAGAUACGAGCUGCCAGCACCCUCAUCAGGCCAGAAGAAUGACAUCACAGCGUGGCAGGAGUGUGUGAAUAAUUCAAUGGCCCAGCUCGAGCACCAGGCAGUCCGCAUUGAGAACCUGGAACUCAUGUCACAGUAUGGAACAAACGCAUGGAAAGUGUACAACGAUAACUUGGCCUUCAUGAUUGAGAUGGCUCAGAAGGAACUUCAGAAACUCAGGAAGCAAAUUCAAGAUUUAAACUGGCAGCGAAAAAAUGACCAGUUAGCAGGAGGAGCCAAACUGCGAGAGCUGGAGUCAAACUGGGUGUCUCUGGUCAGUAAGAACUAUGAGAUCGAGCGGGCCAUCGUCCAGCUGGAGAACGAAAUAACACAGCUCAGACAGCAGCAGGGGGACGAGAACAAAGAGAACAUCCGACAAGACUUCUAGAGCUUUCACUCCAGUAGAGCUGAUCUACAAACUAAUGUUCUCUCAUUCAGACAGAGGCCAUCUUUUUGGACUGGACAAAGAAGCAAGACGAGGAGGGAAAGUUAACCUGUAUGGAGGUUUAUUGCCUAAAAACCUCAAUGACAAUAAAUAUUAUUCCCAGACUUCAUUCCUUUUUAUUCGACUGUAAUCACAGAGGUGGAAAACGGCAUGAAGCAUCUUUUUGGCGGUACAGAUGUUUUACAUUCAGUCCACCCACCGGUUUUCCUGCUACAACUUCACUUUGUCUGGUAGCUGACAUCUGCCAGAUGUUGCUGUGUACUUGACAUUACUGAGUCAGUGACAUCAUUUGGCAAAAUAAUUUCACUUUAAAAUGUAAUUUAUACCAGCAUGUAGGUUUCAGCCUCAGUCAGGCUGCCUACCAUUACAGGAGUCUAUUUUAGAAUGACGUGUACAUAUUUUGUCAAGUCUGUCAGCGUCAAAGUUAUUUCUGUGAGCCCCAAUAUGACUUUCAUUCAUGUUAUGAUUAUGCUUUUUUAAAUAAAAUAAACAUUUCCUACA